AUGGAGCUUGACCCCGAAGUGUCUGGCGACCGCGCCCCAAGCUCCGUGACCAGCUCCCCCAACAGCAUCGUCGACCGCAAGCGCGAACUCAAGGCCAUCCCCGGCAGCUUCUCCUACAACCUCGGCCGUCGCAGUGGCGCCACCGUCGGCCUCGCCUCCGGCUCCAGCCACCACAGCCCGAACCGCAGCGUCCGUUCCAUCGUCGCCUGGAUCGAGUCCUCCUCAGCCGGCCACGUCAGCCAGCGGUCCUCCGGGCUGUCCACCAGCGACGACGGCUCCGCCACCACGAUCCGGUCGACCGCCUCGUCCUACAAGCUACACGGCGGUCUUCUCGCGGCUCAAUCGUCCCCGCCGCCGCCGCCGCCGCCACCGCGCCCGCACGACCUGGGCGUCGACAACGACUGCCCCACGUUCCUCGACUAUCAGCGGUACUUUGCGCGAGGGAGCAGCUUGACGCGGUGUCUGGAUGAGCAGCCGCCGGUGUCCGGUGCGGAAAUGGACAAGGAGCGGCGCGAAGCGGCGUUGCGCCACCACGAGCAAGAACGGCGGGGAAGUAGAAGGGGAAGGCUGUUUACGGGAGGCGAGCGUGAGAAGAGAUCGCCUGCUGAAGUCGCGGCGCUUUGGAAUAGCGUCAGGCAACAGCUUUGGAUACCGGAUGAGGAGCUCGAAAGCGAUACAUCGGAUUCUAGCUUUGCUCUUGCCGAUGAAGGUUCUGUUCCAAUGAUUUAG